CUGGAGAGGUGCAGAGGAGAAGUGGGGGCAGCAGGACAGCUGUGGAACGGAGCCGGCAGAGGAGCGCUGAAUCUGGAAGAGCAGCUGUGAGAUGCCGGCCAUCCGGAAGCCACUUCUGCAGGAAAUUGAAGGUUUCCAGCUCUAGAUGAGGAUGGCUGGUGACUCUCAAGUUCAGAUGGACCAGGACAUGGAGAUAGGAGUUACCCCCAGGGAGGUGAAAAAGCUCCCGAAGCACCUGAGGGAGGCACCAAUCUCCACCGACCGCACACACCUGAUCACUGAGCCGGCCAAGAAGGUCAGGCAGCGCUAUGUGCAGAAGGAUGGCAAAUGCAAUGUCCACCAUGGCAAUGUCAAGGAGACCUACCGCUAUCUGAGUGACCUGUUCACCACGCUGGUGGACCUGAGGUGGCGUCUCAGCCUCUUCAUCUUCACCCUGGUCUACGUGGUCAACUGGCUCUUCUUUGGCCUCCUCUGGUGGCUCAUCGCUCUGAUCCGGGGGGACCUAGUCCACGGUGACGAAGAGGGCUGGACGCCCUGUGUGGAGAACCUCAACAGCUUUGUCUCAGCCUUCCUCUUCUCCAUUGAGACCGAGACCACCAUCGGCUACGGCUACCGUGUCAUCACGGAGAAAUGCCCUGAGGGGAUCAUCCUCCUGCUGGUACAGGCCAUCUUGGGCUCCAUUGUCAAUGCCAUGAUGGUGGGCUGCAUGUUCGUCAAGAUCUCACAGCCCAAGAACCGGGCGGAGACACUCAUGUUCUCCCACAAGGCCGUCAUCUCGGUGCGUGACAACAAACUGUGCCUCAUGUUCCGUGUGGGCGACCUGCGCAACUCACACAUUGUGGAAGCCUCCAUCCGCGCCAAGCUCAUCCGCUCGCAGCAGACCAAGGAGGGCGAGUUCAUCCCACUCAACCAGACCGACAUCAACAUUGGCUUCGACACGGGCGAUGACCGCCUCUUCCUGGUCUCGCCGCUCAUCAUUUCGCACGAGAUCAAUGAGAGGAGCCCCUUCUGGGAGCUGUCACGGGCGCAGAUGGAGAAAGAGGAGUUUGAGAUUGUGGUCAUCCUGGAAGGAAUGGUGGAGGCCACAGGGAUGACCUGUCAAGCGAGGAGCUCUUACUUGGACACGGAGGUGCUGUGGGGCUACCGUUUUACCCCAGUGCUCUCCCUGGAGAAGGGCUUCUACGAGGUGGACUACAACAACUUCCAUGACAUCUACGAGACCAACACGCCCUCCUGCAGUGCCAAAGACCUGGCUGCAACCCAGCGGGAGGGCAGGCUGCUCCCCCAUCUAACCCUCCUCACUCCGGACCCCAAAUACCACCCCUUGGACCCGUUCUCCGCCCCCAAUGACCUCACAUGGGUAGAGAAGAAGGAGGAGGUGGAGGAGGAGGAGGAGAAGUAGGAGCGGGAGGGGGAGAGGGGGAGAGGAGAAAAGAACAGAUUGGCCGCCAAUCUCGGGGAUCAACCAUAAAAAAGCCCCUACAGAGAGACAAACUGAAACAAUGCAUCAUUGAAUCCAUAUAAAGCUUGUCCCGAGUGAAGAGGGAGGAAAAACCAAAUGCAAUAUUCCAUAUGUCACUCAAUGUGUUAUGUUUGUGGUGUAUAUAAAUAUAUACAC